CCUUCACUUCAAGUUACCAACUUAUACGUGUGUCUGUACAUUCGUGAUUCUAUGAUUAAAGAUUAUUGCAGAAUCGGCUUAUUUUUGUCUAUAAAAUUCUCUUUUUUUCUUGAAAGUUUAAUAAUUAAAUUUUCAAUUGUAUAAUUUAAUUUGGAAAUGGCUUCAACAAAAUUCAUUAUCGCUAGGUCAUUUUCAUCAUCUUCAGCUGUUCAACAAUUAGUAAAGCCUCCGCUCCAAGUAUUCGGUAUUGAAGGACGAUAUGCCACAGCAUUAUUUUCAGCAGCAAGUAAACAGUCAUCUCUUGAUGCUGUUGAAAAAGACCUUAUAAAAUUUCAAGGUUUCCUUAAAUCAGACCCAAAACUUGUAGAUAUCGUAAAAGAUCCAUCAAUUAAACGUAAAGUAAAAGCCGAAGCAUUCAAUUUUGUUGGUAAAAAAAUAGGUCUUAAUCAAGCCACAGCUAAUCUUUUUAGUAUUAUGGCAGAAAAUGGUCGAUUAGGAAUGUUAAAUCAAGUAAUUAAUGCAUUUAAAAUAAUAAUGGCAGCUAAUAGAGGGGAAGUAGUUUGUGAAGUAAUAACUGCUAAGCCUCUGGAUGCUGAUAUGAAAGCUAAGCUUGAAGGAACUUUAAAAUUAUUUUUGAAAAAAGGUCAAACCCUUUUACUGACUUCUAAAGUUGAUCCAGCAAUACUUGGUGGAAUGGUCGUGUCUAUUGGAGAUAAAUAUGUUGAUAUGAGUAUCGCAAGUAAAAUAAAAAAAUAUUCUGACAUUAUUACUAAUGCCGUAUAAAUAUAUUCAUAAAAAUUUAUAGAUUGGUAUUUUAAUGUAGUAAUUUACAAUACAUGUCAAAAGUUCUAAAAGAUCAAUAAAAAUAAUAUAAUUGUGUAUGUCG